AUCCGCGGUCACACUGACGCGUGGCCUGUUUUCGCGUUCUCAAGUAUUUAAAUUUGUUUUAUUUAACAAUAUCUGACUGUAACUAGUAACAAUGUCCUUUGACGCGAUACCCAAGGAUCUGAGGGGUCUGCGUGCCUGCCUGGUUUGUUCCUUGGUGAAGAGUUUUGAUCAAUUUGAGACUGACGGCUGUGAAAACUGCGAAGAGUUCUUGCGCAUGAAAGGCAACAAAGAUAAUGUGUAUGACCACACGAGCAACAAUUUUGAUGGGCUCAUAGCUUUAACCACACCCACCGAUUCCUGGGUGGCGAAAUGGCAGCGAUUAGCUCGGUUUACACGCGGCAUUUAUGCUAUAUCCGUGUCAGGAACUUUGCCUCAAUCAACAUUAAGGGACAUGAAGAACCGGGGAAUUGUCUACAAAUCGCGCGACAGGAGCCAGCGCUAAAUACUCUUUGGCCGUACAAAUUACAAAUGUAAAUCUUUAUUUUUAAGUCAUAACGAAACCACGAAUACACACAAUAGCAAUACAAAGUGAA